AUGCAAUUACAAGCAGUUCAUCGUCCCACGCCGCAUCCAAACCCUAAUCGCGUUCUUGGUUCUCCAUCGUUGAGGGGUUUGAUCAGUGAGAUGGCAGGGAGAAAGGUUUCGUGUACGUACUAUCCGGCGGAUUUCGACCCGGCUAAAAUUCCAAGGAGGAUAAGGGCCAAUAAGCAAAAACAAGAAUUCAAGUUGGCUGUAAUGAUGCUUCCUGUGAGCAUUCGCUGCAAGACCUGCGGAGAAGAGACCCACAGAGGCACCAGGUUUGGUACCCGUCUUGAAGAAAUCCAGGAAGAGACGGAUCUCGAGAUGAAGGUAAUGAGGUUUUAUUUGAAGUGCCCCAAGUGCUCACAGGAGAUUAAGAUAAAAACAGACCCACAAAACUUAGAUUAUAUUGUGGAGUCUGGAGCCGAUCGCCUAAUCGAUUGA